CAGGAUGUAAGGUAGAGGUGUCAGGUUUGGGAGGAGUGUCUUUCUCAGAAGUAGGGGAAAGUUUUUCUCCAGCCUCAGUCGUGUGACGAGCAGAGAUCAGACAAGAUGUCCGUCUUAAAGCAGUUCGCUGACAGUGAGGUGUUCAGGGCCUAUGCUACAUAUGUGGCUGUGGUCCUCUUGAAAAUGAUGCUUAUGAGUAUUCUUACCUCCUUCUUCAGGAUUACACGCAAGGUCUAUGCAAAUCCAGAAGAUGCUGCUAGUAUUAGCAAGGGAGGAGAUCUGAAAAAAUAUGUCAGAACAGAUGAAACUGUGGAGAGAGUUCGCAGGUGUCAUCUGAACGACAUUGAGAACAUUGUACCAUUUGUGGGACUUGGUCUGGUCUACGCUCUCAGUAAUCCUGAUUUAUCCACCGCGCUUUUACAUUUCCGUAUCUUUGCUGGUUCUCGCAUUCUGCACAGCAUCUCCUACCUGACGCCACUGCCGCAGCCAAGUCGAGCGCUGACCUUCCUCGUUGGGUACAUCGUCAAUGUCUCCAUGGCCUAUGCAACUCUGCGCAGCAUCUUCUAUUUCUAGAGCUGAUGUCAUAUUGGCGCACAUAUAGAAUUGGUGAAUGGUUUCUCCUUGAUAG